CAAUAGGACCAUUUCUAAUGUUUGUUUUAAUUUCUGCCGGUUCCCGCGUAAUCUGUUUUGUUAUUAUUUUGAAAGUACUACGUUAUUUUUUUAAAAAUGUUGUUUUAGUCGUUUAUUCGUGAUGUUACAGUGUAACAGAACAUCUGCCUUAAUUUCUCGUUUUGUGAAACAGGAUAUUAUUGAUUUUAUACAAGUGGACAGAUAUAUAGAGAAUUGUUCUCAGUCUAUAUCGAUAGAUGAAGAUGCCCCAGGCCGGUUGUUCGGAAUUGAGUUCUAUUAUUUGGAUGAUGACUUGUUGCAGUGUUUGAUAUUGGCAGCAAGAGAUGGAGUUGGAAAACUGGCCUUGGAAGAAGUUCGUCGAGAUCUUGGCGAUACGGAAUGUAGCAAAAUGCGGACUGAGAUAAACCACAUGUUUCGCUUAAUUCUAGGGCAGUUCGACCAGUUUCGUAAUGUACACGUUCUUGAUGAAAUAUCCAUUAUCGACGAUUGUCUACCGGAUUUGGUUGAGGUGGCUGAAGACACAGGAUCAUACACAGCAGCGAAUAUGAGUUCGGUAGCGUACGAAUAUUUUCAUGCUGUUUUAGAAUGGCGAUGGUUUGGAUUGGUGCUGAAUUUUGCAAUUCAAAACAAUACUAUGAACAAUUCAGCGUUCUGUACGUUAUACCAGCGAUUGCUAGAGAGUCUUGUUCGGUUAGCACUUUUCAAAUACAACAAAAUUGGAAAGAAUAAUUUGCCAUAUGAAACUCAAUUUUUUUGUCCUUGUAUACAGAAAAUAUGGAUUGGAUUGAUGGCGUUUUCUGCGAAUAAGGGCAUUGACGUGGACUUUUGGAAUUGUUUGCAAAAGGCUCUUGAGAAAAUAGAGAUAGAAGUACAAGAUACUGGCAAACGAUCAAUGAGAGCAGUUUUGGCUGGAGCUAAUGAUUGUCUGUUUCAAACGUGGCUCAUGAACGGAAUUAUAUCGUUAUAUCAAUUCAAAAUAAUGGAUCCCAAUUCACUCAUGGAAUCUCCCGUGAUAACGUUAGAUGCAGAUCUGAUGCUAUUGAAUCGAGCUAGUAAAAAUGCUGUUUCAGGUGAAAAAUCUGAAGAGCAAAUGCGAAUAUUUUUACUCCUACUCAAACCGAUAUAUACUGAAUGGCUGUCAAUCAGGCAUGAUUACCUUGUUCUUCUGUGGGAGUACUUUAGUAAAAGAUUGAGUUCGCCAUUUCAAUUAGCGUCUGAGUCACUGAGCAAUUUAGCAUGCGUCAAUCGUACUCUAAAUGGGUUUAUGGAGCAAGCACGAAAUCGUGCAGGAGUAGAAUCGUUUAAAAAGCUCAACGUUAAAGAUUCCAGUUUCAAAUGUUAUCUGUCGCUUAUUGGCUAUGUAUUGCGACAAUAUUCUGACACUGGUCAGAAAACUAAAGUAUUAAUACUUUUUAACCGAACAAUAUUGAAAAUCACUCCACAAAAACUAGAAACAAUGAAUGAACAAUCGAUCUAUAAUUUUUCCCUCUUGAUGUUCACCAUGAUUGAGGCAACUAGUUUUCAGGACGACUACUCGAGGCUUUCAAAACAGUUACUUCAUUUCAAAUUGGAUCAACUGACACCUACAUCGACAGUAGAAAGCUCAGUCCAGCGCAUCACUAUUAUUACACUGGUUAACAUGGCCUUGAUUCUCAUCUUCAAUGAACGGGACUACGAUAAAACUAACCAUCUACAUCAAUUUCUAGACAGUUUAGAAAAAGCACGUCAAAAGUUCGGAGAAAGACUGCAGCCAACAUUGCAGGUCCUAGCGGAAGGAAUGUGUGCUGCACUCGGUAGGGCGAUAUCCAAAAGGUGUUUUGAGGAAGCAGAUUCAGCUUUUUUUGGCGAUUGGUUAGAGAAGUAUCUGAAAGGAUGCUCCGAAUGUGAACGCGAAGGUGUUCUUGAAACAAUUUGUGGAAUCUUCGACUGUCUGCGUCAAAACUCCAAAAACAGCAUGAUCAUUUUGCAGCCAUUAUAUACGAUUGUAUUGCCAUUCAUCAAAGAUAUUUUCAGUAAUGAUACUGGGAAUUCGAGGUUUGUCGCAGAAUUGUCCGCACAUUUCACGAAUUAUUCAACCGGUCAACCGUAUGCUCCACCAUUUUUGGCAUUGUUUAGUUUUUUCACCGACAACCCCACAGCAAACAUACACCUUCGAUUACAGUAUAUCAAACUGAUGGUCAAUAGCGACCGAUUAAAUGAAAUCGAUGAAAAACUCAUUAUUCGUAGUUGGUUAAAAUUCGCACUCUUGUAUAGCCACGAACAGCUAGGAGAUCUUUCUCGAGUGGUGUGUCGUAUGCGAGAGUUUAAUGCUCUAUGCGAAAUUCCAGAGUACGAUUUAUGCAAUGGAGAUGAAGAGCCAAUCGGUUUAUUUUUUAAAUCUGUAGGUAAAAAGUACAAACAAUACGAAGGAAAGGACAGUCGAGCGCAAUACGAAUUGACUAUUAAAGUGCAUGCGUUGUUCCAACACUUCGAUAAAUGGAUUUUAAAUCCAGGUGUAGUUGUACUAAGAAGAAUAAUGACAAUUCUGGCAUUAGCAUUGAAAGAGUGUGGUGCAGUCAUCUAUAUCAAGAGCAAUUCAACGUGUUUGUACCACGUUGCUUUUAAUCAAUAUUUUCUACCAAUCAGUGUAUUGACCGAUAGAAACGUUCCGAACGAUGCAAUCCUAUCUAUGGGCAAAGUUUGGAGUCGGAUUAUGGAUGCAAUGGGUCUAAUGAAUUACACGACCGAUCCGGUAAUAAGUGAUCACGUUACGAACAUGAUGGUUAAAUGGGCACCGCAGUUUCUAAAAUUCAAAGAUAAAAACGACGCAGCAAGACCUUUCGUGAACUUUUUUUCGUCGCAAAAUGAAUCACUAGUUACAUUCGCGUUCAACAGAUAUUUAUAUGCUUACGUUGAAUUGCAAGGAACUACUCCCAAAGCUGGAUCUGAACACGGCAUGAAAAUUCUUUUAUAUCUAUUGGACACGCUUUGUAGCUCACAGGAUAACAGCAAAAUUGCACUAUUCAUACGAUUGGCGGCCUCCUCGAUUUUGGACCAUGCCAUGUUGGCCAACGAAGCGUUUCCCAGCAAAACGGUUGCUAACGAAUUAGUUCAAAAAUUGCUCCAAUGCACCCGCAACAACUCUAACCUAAUCAAGAUGGAACUCAAGUUAUGCCUGUCAACAUUUACCAAGAAAAAUCUGUCAAUGGAAUCAGCUAUCUAUUUUCGUUUUUUAUACAAAUUGGCAGACCGAGAACCUGAGUUUAUUAAAUCAACGAUUUCAACAAUCCAAAUGGAAUUGACUGAAACUGAACGACUUCGUGGUGGAGGAGAAGAUAAACACCUCAGGCGACUACUGAUGCAACUUGAAGGAGCUGUAGAAGCAAGUUUGAAAAAACAUGUAAAUUAGGAACCCAAUAAAAAUGUUUGUUUUAUAAAUUACACGUUUUUAAUCAGGUUAAAACAUUCGACUGAUGCUUCCUAUUUUUAAUUUAUAAUACAUUUGUCUCAUUUUUUUUAAAUAAAAUUGUUUAU